CCAGUCGCGGUGAUUUAUUUUGUGGCUUUGAGAGAGCCGAAACUUGGAAGUUGUAUCGACGAAAAGGAGCACUUAGCAGAAUGUCCAGAAGAAAGCAGAAGUGGUCGGUGGAUUUCACGCGGGACCGUGCUGGCCGAUCUGUAUCAACAGCAACCAUGCCUGAUCCUGUUGGCUUCAUAGAGACUUGUCCUCAGGUUGAAUCUAGCGACAUGGAUGUAGCACUCAUUGCCAAGCAAUCGUGGGGCGUUGCGAUUGGACCGCUCAAGCAACUGCCCAUGAAUCUGCUGGUGAUGUACAUGGCCGGCAACACUAUCUCUAUCUUUCCCAUCAUGGUUGUUGGCAUGAUGCUGUGGCGGCCUCUCCAGACUUUCUUCUCGAUGUCAGCGCUGCUGGAUCAGUUCCGCGGUGAUCAUUCAGCUGUUCAGAAGCUUGUGUUUAUCUCAUCCAAUAUUCUCAUGGUACUAAUAGCUUUGCUCAAGUGCCAUAGCAUGGGUCUCUUACCCACGUCACCAUCAGACUGGCUUCAGUUUAUCUCUGUCAGAGAGCAACUGGAAAUAUCUGGUGGCGGAAUGGCUUUGACGUGAUGCAGUGCAAAUGCUGCUUACUCAUUUAGGCCCAUUCCGUUUUUAUCCUAUUUUUCAUGAACAUGUAAGAGAUUGCUACAGGCCAUGUGGAUUAGGCUGUGGUGUAGGCUGGUACUUUACUUGCGGACACAGGUGGCAACACUCUGGCGGUCGGGUUUUACCUAUGGGUUGUUAGACUUGGUUACCAACCCUGCCGGUGUGUGUGCCUCUGUGGGUGCGGACAAGUUGCUAUCACGCCAACAGUCCUUCUCCCUGCUGCUUGCUACCAUCCUACUGCAAUCAUUUAUGUUGUGGGGUUUUACGAUGCCAGCUGGUUGGGCAAAGUAGCCAGUCAUCUCAGUCAGUGGGUUGUGCUGAGCGAAGUGUCUUCGUUUUCAGACUCUACCUUAUUGCAAACACAUUCAUCCGCUUUCGGCUGGACUCGUACACCGAGUCUCCGGGUCGGCCGCCUUCGUUCUAUUUGGCAAGUUCCUGCUUGCAUUUUUGUUGGCCACCUUUUCGUCCGCUGUUGUUGUCUUCUUUAGUCUUUCUCAAUUAUGCGAUUGCUUGAGAACCAGUGCCUUGCAAUCAAUCUCCCAUACUAUGGCCAUACUAGUUUGUUGAGAGUUCAGUUGCUAGUCAGUUGUUCUGA